AACACGUGUUAUCUUGAGUUCAAGACAUUCCGGCUUCAUCAGUGAACAGAUACAGUGCACAAUAAUGUUAAAAAUAUAUUUAAUUUGUUUGUCGUUCUUGUUCUUAUUAAACAUUGAGUCGGCACGAUGUGACCCACAUUACAAAUUCAACAUGGACGCAAAUGGCUGGCUCAAAGUGCACCAGAUACCCGCCACCUGGGAGGAAGCAUUCCUUAGAUGUCACUAUGAAGGUGCUGUGCUUGCGUCCCCGUUGACGCAGCAACUGAGCAAAGCCAUUGAAAAUAAGUUUUCAGAUAUCAGUUAUAGUCAAUCAAUCCACUUAGGGAUACACGAUUUGUACUCUACCGGUGACUUCGUUACUGUAGAAGGAGUUCCAUUGGAAAGCUUGAUGUUGAAAUGGAGUUCUUUCAAGAGUACGGGCGACUGUUUCGCCAUGUCUCGUGAUGGUCGAUCAUUUAUGACAAAGUGCACGGAAUCUCGACCUUAUGUCUGUUACAAGAAGCUGGACAAUCUAACGAUGAACAUUUGUGGAACAUUCGAUGAUGCGUAUCGAUUGAACGAGAAGUCAGGCAGUUGCUAUAAGAGACAUUGGCAGCUUAUGACCUGGCCAGACGCGUACAAGAUAUGUGCUGCUGAGGGAGGGUACCUGGUCAUCUUGAACGACGCUACGGAGGCUGCCAUCGUCAGAGAUAUGUUCCCAAUACGACCAGGAAAAGCGAACGAUUGGGAGAACUUCCACGUGGGUCUGCGGGCGUGGGGACCUGAACGUACUUGGAUCACUAUUCAUGGAGAAAGAAUAGAAGAUGUAUUCCAUGAUUGGAAUCCGGGACAACCGGAUAACUACAUGGGCAUUCAGAAUAGCGGCUCCUUCAUCAGACUUGGCACUCUAGACGAUCACGCCUCAGAUAAGAAAUCCAUGUUUGUGUGUGAGAAGGAUCCUAAAGUAAAACGCUUCGAAGAGGUACCCGAAGGACUGUCGGAAGCUUUAGGGCAAUAUUAGACCGAAAAUUGUUCUUAAAUCCUUUACGUAAAAUUUUUAAUCCGUUGAUUGCAAAGUUUAAUAAAUUGUAAAUAGGUAUUUGUCGAUUGUGUUUAUUUUGUGAAAAAUAAAAAAAACCAAAAUGUUCUUGAUCUGGCAGUGAGUCACACUU